UUGCUAGGGUUUGGUUCGCACCUGAUCAAAGGGCUCGACAAUAUCAGUGGAGGGGGUGAUUGUGCUCUCUGCCAUUCUCUAGCAUCAGAGAUAGCUUUUUGGAUAGUUUCUUCAGGGGAAAAACUUCUUUUCUCAAAGAUAAGGUGAUUCCUCGACCGCCAGAGAGACCAGCAGAUCCAAGCUGCAAGUGAUCCCGGUUCUAUCCCCACUGGUGGUAACGACGGAAAAGGAGCUAACUUCCAUACCUUGUCUGCAAAAGGGCAUUGGAAUAGGAGGUGGUGUACUGAUUCAACGGCUUUGCAUCUCGUGCAGAGGGCCGAGACCGGGAUGUUGCGGACGGCGAACUGUUCUCCUACUGGCAGCGCACCAAGUAGGGAUUUCCAGAGGAAAACUUUGAUCUUCUCGGAGGUUUUGAUGUUCCACACACUAGGGAACCAAUCCACUGCAGAAGCGGGAUUUUGAGGAAGGUUUGCUGUCUUCUCUUGAGAAACUGUCAAAUAGCCUGAUCGAGUAGUGUAUUCCCCCGUGGGGUUUUUCAUCCAGACCAAGAUGUCUCUUGGUGGAUGAGGUCCGAAACUUUGAGGCUUUGCAUACCUUCUGGUACUGGCCCAAAGGGUCUCAUCUGUUCACUGUGUGAGAGCCAAGCAUCUUCCCAGGCGUUUAUCGACUCUCCUGUCCCCACCAUCCACCCUAGUUGUUUCUUAAGUAGGUCUCUGCCUAUGAGCACGCUUUUCCAGCCAUGGGAGGCGUUCUGUGGUGCCUCACACUUCAGGAAAGAAUCCUUUUGGCAAUAUUUUCCCAGUAGGCAACGAGCGAGAAGGCCCGAGGGAUUCUUUAGUAUGCGCCAUCCCAGUUUCCCCAGUAGUGCGUCAUUGAACAUGGUUCUGUGUCCCACCAGAAUCUUGUGAGGGUAGAUUGGAUAUUUGAGCAGACCGAUUGCGGGAUCUUGAAGCAUGACAUGGUGUGUGAGGACAUUGGAGAGAGCACACUUUUCACCAUGAUCAUCUUUCCGGCAUUUGAUAAGAACUUUGACGACCAGCUAGAGGCUCUUUGCUGUAUUCUUCCUACCACAGAGGCGAAGACAUCCUUCUUUUUCCUUCCAAAAUACUCAGGGAGCCCUAAAAAAACAUAGUGUCAUCAGCAAAAAGGAGAUGGUUGAGGCUUGGGCUGUGAGUUGCUAUGGAUACUCCUUUCAUGAGGCCCUUUGCUUGAGCGCUUACACAAAGCCCUGUCAAUACUUCAGAACAGAUUAUAAACAGCAGACUGAGUCUCGGAUAUGAGGGAGUGAAGGAUAGGUUGUAUACGCCUGGAGAGCAGUUUGGAGAUUGUUUUGUAGUACACAUUACAGAAGGCGAUCGGUCUGUAAUCCGCCACAGCCCUUGCCCCCUGUCCUUUCGGGAUCAAUCUCACGUGUGUCUCAUUAAUCGAUUUCGGCAUGAGACCAGAUGUGAAGAACGUUUGGACUUCUUUUAUCAAAUCUCUUCCCACUACUUCCCAGUUGGACUGAAAGAAGCAAGCAGAGAAUCCAUCUGGACCUGGGGCUUUCUCAGGGUGGAUGGAGAAGAGGGCAUUCUUUAUUUCCUCUGCAGAAGGUUGCAAACUUUUGGAGUGAAGAGGUUACUGAAGUAGUUCUCAAUGAUGCAUGGAAAAAGCCCGUGUUCUUAUCCCCAAGGUGCAACCAAAUUUGUCUACUGCGCUGCUUCCAGUAGUUCUCUUCGGCUCUGUAGGCUUCCAGCAGCUCCUCUUUCUGUUUUUCCAGGAGCUCCACAUCCGGCUGCAAGGAGAUUGUCUGCUCUUCAAUCGAUCUCUUUAGUUGAUCCAGAAAGUUAUGAUGGGUCUGUGAUCCGAGCUGUCAAACCGGAGGUAUUCACAUCUCCCCGAAGGGUAUGUCUCUGCCCAGGAGCUAUUAGCAAGUGCUCUAUCUAAUCUGCAUUUCACCUCAUGUGUGUAUCUAGUCCCUUUCCAAGAGAGGCAUUCACCUUCGUGUUGGAGAUCAUAGAGGUCUCCUUCCUCAAGGAAGACUCUGAAGUCAAGAAAGGAGGCUUCUGUUCUCUCUGGCCCCCCUUGCUUUUCAUGAUUUCCUGAUAUGUCGUUGAAGUCUCCAGUUACUAGCCAAGCAGAAUUCCUGAGGAAGGCUAGAGAGGUGAUCCUUGUAUCAAAGUAGUUGUUACAGGAGGAAAUGAUCUCGAGGUUGAGCCAUUCCUUCCAAAGGAUCGCAAGCCCACCUCCUGCAACUCCAUGUGGGGGGAUCGUUUUCAGGGUCUAUUUCCACCUCUAAACUUGCUUUUUACACCAACUCCGGAAUUGAUUGCCUUGAUUGAGAUCGAACUGCAACAAGACUACUCAAGUCCUCAUCAACAAAACUUUCAUUACACCACAGAGCACCCAAAGACCUUAACACCUUCUGAGACUCCUAAAAACCAUGAAAAACUAAAGGCUGUGGAUUCUCAAAUCUACAAGAUCACAAUUGGUCAAUGGACUCACACGCGGGUCUACCCGGAUGAUAUUAAGGCGAAAUUCUAUUUUGCAAAGAAGAGAAUUAUUUGGGAGAUUCUAGACGAUGUAGAAACAGGAACACAAGUGGAGAGGCUGAAGAGAAAGAUUGAGAGCCAAUGGUCUGAUGUCUUGUCUUUCAGAGCAACAUAUAAUUCAAAUGAUGGAGCUGGAAUACUAGAAGUCGAGUUGGGAAAACGUCCAACGUUCUUCAUAGAGACUAAUCCACAGCGGGGAAAACACACUCUGUGGAAGAUCUGUCCAGAUUUUACCCUAAAUCAGUCUGCUUCUAUAUACAGGAGACAUACACUUCAUUUUUUCCCUGGAGAUUUGCAAAAAACAUUGGACAAGCUUGUGUCCGGAGAUAGCUUCUGGUCAAAACUGGCUAAAGUCAGUUUCCCAACUCUACAGUCUCUUUACUUCGAUUUUGGCUUCGGAGACAGCAACGACGGCUUUGGAGACAGCAACAACAAUGCUGCCAUCACCUUGUCUCACUACGGACACUAUCAAACAGUUCCAGUAUUUGGUCAGGUGCCUGAGCCUGAUGUAAACGUAAACUUUAACGUACCAACUGAUCAGUUCUUCCCUAAUGAUGGGAGACAAAUGAACUCAUUUGUUCAAGACGUUGACUUCCCUGGGACGCAAGUUAUCCAACCAUCCUAUCAGUUGAUCGGGGGAAGGUACUUUAGUGGGACACAAUUUAACAAUCCGAUGAUCCAAGACCAAACGAGAAACACAAUGGAGUUACGUGGAAAUCAAGCGUAUGAACAAGCAUUACGUGAGACACAAGCUAGCUACAUGAUGUUUCAGAUGGAACCGCAUCUACAAGACUGCUUAGCUCAAGGAGGAGAUACACAGAGCAUGGAGCACAUAACUCCUGAUGGUAACUUUCAGACCAACAGCAUAUGUAAUUGUGACACAUGCCUCAUCAACAAUGGUUUAAUGCCUCACUGAUUUGUUGGUACAAGUAUGUAUACCACUAAAGGUCUAGCUUUGUCUUUCUCUGCUACAUCUUCCAUAUAACUCUUGUGUUUUUUUUUUCAAAUUUCUCUUGGGGUCUUGUAUUGCAGAAAGUGUGUAACUUCAAAACUGCAUUUGGUACAAAUUAGAACCCUAACUUCUAAAAUUCUUAUUUGCCGAUCAUUGAUUUAUUAUAUUGAAGAGGCACUAUACGUACGGUUUUCCUCAUUUAUGUGAUUUAAGUAGUUUGCUGAAUUUUGCCCCCAAAAAAAAGUAGUGUGAUGAAUUUUUAACCGGCCUGUGGGAGACAAAUAUCAUUAGCAGAUAUACCAAUGUGGAUUACAGGUUUUUGCUUGUGUUUUAGAGGAUUACAAAGAAGAUAAUAUCUUUUUCUUCUAACGCUAUGUACUAUCAGUCUAGGGUGUUUGGUCUAGUGGUAUGAUUCUCGCUUCGGGUGCGAGAGGUCCCGAGUUCGAUUCUCGGAACACCCCACACAAUAAAAUUUUAGUCCCUCCAAACUGUCACAGAGACACCUUUCUGUUUCUACAUGAUGAACACAACUCCACGCCCUAUCUUGUUUUCCCUCACAUCACCAGAACGAAGUAUACACAAUUUCUUUUACUAUUUUCCAUUUGAGAGAUACUCAGGGAAUGUUUCUAAUCAUGUUGAAUACUGUGAAACUAGACCAGAUGAAGAUUCCUUCUAGAAGACCACCAGGUAAUUAGAAACACAAGAGAAGAUCAUUAUUUAACUAAUUCAGACACAACCCCUUUUCCUGGGUCACAAGAAAAUCUCCUUUAAGAUUAAGAGCACUAGCAUGAUGAAGCAGAUAAUGACAAGAACAAUUUUAGGUUUACCUUUUGUACGUUCUGCCUAUGGAGAUUCACAAAGCGAGUCAUGAAACGUUGAGAGAGAGGGUUAUAUAUUCUGGUCUUAAACAAUUUUAGGUUUACCUUUUGCAGCUGUUUGAGUCCCAUCUUCAACUGUACUAGAAACGUUAUGGAUGCUAUUGUCAAAUCGAUCAACUAUCGUACCCUAUUACGAGAAGUUUUUUGCUUUUAAAUUAUUGUAUUUCUGGAGUAAGUGACUUAGACGCUGGAACACAAUUAAGAGUGUUAAGCCCCUUGCACGCUGAAUGUUCACUGAAAUCUCCUCAGAGACAUCAACCCAAUCUGGUGGCAACUCCACUGUUAUUGUUCCUCUACAGUUACAUAGGAGGAAGGUUUCAGCUUUAACAGCAUUUAAUAACUACUGCUCUCUUGAUAAUCCAGUAGAAACAUUGUUCUGCUUCAGACAACAACUUACGUCAAAACAAAUGUUAUUUAUCAACUCACACUAGUAGCUUUUAUGUCUCUCUUAGUUCUAUACAAAAAAGCUAUACACUGAAAUUAUUGGUGGGGGCUGCGCGGACGCAAACCCCCUCUGCCACAAAUAAUGACGUAAGCUCUUCCACUUGGGAAGACUUUAAGCUAAGCGCCCUUCCUAAGUGCAAUGGAAGUCACUAGCCUAGGCCACUCGUCUUCUUGAUCACGAGUUGACCCCGUCCAGGUAAGUAAUUUGCUGGAACACACGAGUGUCCAAUUUAUAGUGAGCUUCUCAAGGGUCCUUCUUUUCCCGUAAGCGAUGUGGGACUUUGUUUGAGUUUCACACUCUCCGCUGUUCUAAUUUUCUUAAGAAGCAUCGUGUGCCGUUUUAUUGCUCCUCUUGUCUGACGGGCUAACUAAAAAAGCGAAACAGUAAGGCCUUUCUUUACUUGUUUACGUUCUAUAGUGGGCUGGGUGGGUGUCUUAGUGGCCCAAAAUCAAUUUGUUAUAAAAUGUCAUCAUUUUCCGAAUUUGACCGACUUAAAUUAUUUAAAUUUAAUAGUGUUGGCUAAAGCCAUAGCUAACCUAGAGAUUAAACAAGAACACCUUUAAAAUUAUGUGAUCGACAUGGUUCAUGAGUUAUGUAAUAUGUAGGUUUAAAGCAAUAAUCCGCAUGGUUCAUGAGUUUUGUAGAUCUCUAAGUUAUAAAUAUAUAUGUAGGUUGAAAUUCAACUAACUAGGAAGUUAUUUUUAUUUUUAUUUUUUUGAAACAACUACGAAGUUAUUUAGAGAACGACUUUUAAAUUGUUUGAGUUUGAGUGGAAAGAUAAGCUAGAAACGAGUGUCUCACGGAUUCAACUAUUCAAACUUUAUAAUUGAUUUGGCAUUUGCUAUGAUACUAACAAGUGCAAACGUUUUCUUUCACCGGUUUUUCUACAAAUUAAGAUCGUGAACAAAUCUAAAGUUUUUUAAAACAUUAGUUAAAGUACAUUAUAAGGGUAUUAAUUCCCCCAAUGAUGUGGAUUGCAUGUCCAACAAAAUAGUAUAUAAUGCGGAAGACUAAUUGUAUUAGUUUAAUAAUUUAUAAACAGGAUAAAAACGAAAGUGGGAUUAUUUUUCUUGGCCAAAACGAUCAAAACCUAAAGUAAGAAAAA